UAAUGGUCACCCGGGAUCGAACUGAGAAUAGGGACGGCCCCAAGAUGCUGAAACCGCUUGUGGAGAAGCGGCGCCGGGACCGCAUCAACCGCAGCCUGGAAGAGCUGAGGCUGCUCCUGCUAGAGCGGACCCGGGACCAGAACCUCCGGAACCCGAAGCUGGAGAAAGCAGAAAUACUGGAGUUCGCCGUGGGCUACUUGAGGGAGCGAAGCCGGGUGGAGCCCCCGGGGGUUCCCCGGUCCCCAGCCCAGGACGCCGAGGCGCUCGCCAGCUGCUACUUGUCCGGCUUCCGCGAGUGCCUCCUUCGCUUGGCUGCCUUUGCGCACGACGCCAGCCCAGCCGCCCGCGCCCAGCUCUUCUCCGCGCUGCACGGCUACCUGCGCCCCAAGCUGCCGCGACCGGAUCCGGUAGAUCCGAGGUCUCCAGCGCCGCGCCCUCCGCUGGAUCCCGCCGCACCCGCCCUAGGCCUCGCGCUGCACCAGCGCCCCCCAGUGCACCAGGGCCCCCCUAGCCCGCGCUGCGCGUGGUCCUCAUCCCUCUGCUCCCCCCGCGCCAGGGAUUGCGGCGCUCCAGCGCCCCUCACAGGACUGCUGCCGCCGCCACCGCCGCCUCACAAACAAGACGGGGCGCCCAAGGCCCCGCCACCCCCGCCAACCGCUUUCUGGAGACCUUGGCCCUGAGUUUUGGGGGGGGGGGGAUGGAGGCGGGGACUGGGGGUGGAGUAGAGACUCCAGCCCAUGGGCAGCAGAGGGACCCGGGCGUCCGGGCGAGGAGGUAUUGGGGAGUGCGGCGGGGCGCGCGGAUUCAGCGCGCGGGUGAGAUGUGGUCUAUAUUAGAGUAUCUAUAUAAAUAUAUAUUUCCCUGGUUCUUGUCCCUUUUCCCGGACCCCCUCCUCCUUGCGUCUAGGAUUGUACACUCUUUGCUCUCCGCCGAGUCCCGGUUCCUUUACAAGUCCCUAGUGCAUGGAAUAAAGUGGUUAUUAAAUCCCCGUGUGUCCCCGAGCCAGGGGCCUGCCUUUAUCUCGGUGUCCACGCCCACUUUCCCUUCCCUUCUGUCUCCCACCCCCAGUCUUGCUCUCCAUGGCCCAAGCUCCGGGACAGACAGGUAAGUAAAGAAGAGAGCAGAGUGGAGACUGAGGUUGGAACUGAAACCAGGUGGAAAACAGAUAGGGUAGGGGAAAAAGGGAUUGGGGGGGGGGGUCUUUGAGGAAAGUAGGAUAAAAAGGAAAGAAAAAAAUUCAAAUAAAAUCGACUCUGGUGGGAUUCGAACCCACAACCUUUGAAUCGCUUUUUCGUCACUAGAAGUCCAAUGCGCUAUCCAUUGCGCCACAGAGCCACCUGGUGGGCAUUGGCGUCCUGUGACUUACGGGUAGUAGAAUGGGAAAGGGGCAGGUUUGGGAAGGGUGUGAAGGAAUUGGGCAGGGCGUGUGAAGAGCGUGCGGUUUGGAUCUCCGAAGCCAGACAGAUAGAAAUAACCGGCGCAAAGCUUAUGAGCCAGGUGGAAAUGAGGGCUCGCAAAAAGCAGGGAGGGCAAACAACGAAAUAUGAACGAAUGCAGAGCUCUGGCUAUCUGCUUGGGGUGUGCUUCCGGUUCAGGCGCACCUCCACUCCCGGAUGUGGCCCUACCCAAUAAAUAUUUUUUGUUGUAAAUU